AUGGCCGAUCACAAUGGCUCUGCUUCUACAGCAGAUGCCCCACCUCAAGAUCCAUAUUCAAUGCCUAUGAGUAUUAAUGUCGCAGACCUUGGUGAAGAAGAUGAGGAUGAGGAUGAAUAUGAGUAUGAAUACUCUACUACCGAGAAAGAGAUAUUCUACGUAACUCUCGAUCUUACCACCCCAAAUGUCCCUGUCAAAAGAAAGUUGGUCAAAACACAUCCGCGUCGCAAUGCGAAGAAAUGGUUAAAUCCUGGCUUGGGAAAACAUCGAAGACAUCUUGGUGACUCGACUACCAUAUCAAUCGACAGUAAGCCUGUCAAAGACAAAGGGAAAGGGAAAGGCAAAGGCAAGAGCGCAAAGAAAACACCCAGUGCUGAGGAUGACGAGGAUGAAGAUGAACUACCGGAAUGUGAAGAAGAAGAGCCCUUGGAAGCUGAAGCGGCACCACCAGCACUAAAACCAAAACCGGUCGAAGUUCCUAAGAAAUCAACUGGAGAACAAUACUCCAAUUUUAUCGCAUAUACUCAACGUGGAGGAGAAGCUUUAGAAACUGCCAAGCCCGAAGUCCAAAUAUUGGGUCUCCAUGAAGAUCAUCCGGUCGUAUCUUAUGAAGGAAACAUCUACCAAUGUCAAUGGGAAGAAAACAUGGGCACGGAAUUACUCUUCACGGCACACGAUCCCGAGACCACAUUACCUAUUUUACAGUCCGUAUCCAGUGACGUUGAUUUACUGGCUGCAAGCUCGGCACGCAUAACAUCUGUCAAAACCAAUGUUGAGGAUAAAGAUCCUAUGGGUGGUCCUGGAGGGAAACGACGGAAUUAUUUCUGGAGAUCGGGGAAUAUACGUGAACUUAAGAUACCAGUUGGUGUAGCCGCAUCUGAGCAGCGGAAAAAUCAAGCAUUCUUCUUGCAGGCAUUGAUCCAGAUCAAAGAAUCUCGGCGUGAGAGAGAUCACGUUACGGUCAUGGCUCAGAGAAGAAAUACAAAUCGACAAUGGAGAGGCGUCAUGAAGCAAAAACAAGCGGCCGAGAUAGCGCAGAUACGAAAAGCUAUGGCGACGGGUAAAAUGAGUCAGGCGAGUGGACAACAAAAGUUAGAUCAAAUAACCAAGGAUAAUGAGGUUCUGGCCGCGGAAGAUAAACUAAGGGGUAUUGGACUUGAUGGGAGAAAGAUUAGGCAUGGUGGGAGGAAGAAGACUGUUAAUGCGGAAGCUCCACAUGUUGUGAGGAGACCUCCAGGUGGACUUACUAAUUAUUUGAUGAAUAAUACUACAGCGGGGGGUGAUGAUGGGAUGGAUGCGAGUCUCGAUGCUACUGCUGAUGUGGAUGUGACGCCAUUAUCGCAUUCUAAUGGAGAAGAUGAGGAUAUGGAAGGAGGGGAUUAUGGCGUGGAUGGGGAAAUGUAUGAUAUGGUGGAAUAUGAUGGAGCAGAGGAGGGGGAAAUGAUGUAUGAAGAUGAUGCGGGUUUUGAAGAAGAUUAUGAAAUCUAA